AUGUUUACCCAGCGAGUCCCUAAUCGACGCCGUCAACAAACGAUCAAUCACACAAUCUUGAUGGAAAAUGACACCGACAAAGCCAGUGACAUCGAUCAUAGUCCCUUGGGCAACUCUCCUCCAACUACCAUUUCACUCAUCUCCUGCUGGCCUCCUGGAUUGCACUCCAGCGCGUCGAAUCAGGCGGACCUUUUGCAGCGGCGCUGUGAACGACAGCCACUGACCAACAAGAACAAAACCGACCCGGGAAACUUGGGCAAAAGCCUCGAUCCUGUGUAUCAAUCCGUGAAUCAAUCAAUCCGUGAUCCUAUCUAG